UGUCACGUGACGUUACGGAUGUCCCGCCUCUUGUAGUUGGUCGCCCUGGUGAUGUCGGCUCUCUGAGAGGGGACCAUCUUAUGUGGAAAUGUGGUCGUUAGUGUCGAUCACCUCAGCCGGAGACAAGCCCUACCAUUUGAUGGUUGGUGUGGAUUAUAUCGUUGGUCGAAAGAACUGUGCAAUCCUUUUAUGUGAUGAUCAGUCCAUUAGUCGUUCCCAUGCUGUACUUUCAGUUAGUCACCCUGCUGCACAUCUGACCCAAGUUACCAAAAACUCUGUACUGAUAUUAAAAGAUACUUCAAAAUACGGAACUUUUGUAAAUGAAGAGCGCUUACAGCAUGAUAGCCCACGGAUUUUGAAGUCAGGAGAAUUGGUUACAUUUGGCCUUUUCCAAAGCAAAUUCAGAGUAGAAUAUGAACCUUUGAUUGUAUGCUCUUCCUGUUUGGAUGGACUAGAAAAAAUUGAACUAAACAAGUCAAUUCAAGAGCUUGGAGGUCAUCUUAGCAACAAUUGGACAGAAGCUAACACUCACCUUGUCAUGUCAUCAGUUAAGGUCACUGUGAAGACCAUAUGCGCAAUGAUUUGCUGUCGGCCCAUAGUGAAGCCAGAAUUCUUUGUCAGUCUUAUCAGGGCAAUUCGGAAUAGACAAUGUCUUCCCAGUCCAGAAAGUUUCUCUCCACCAAUUGAUGAACCUAGUAUCAAGCCUGGAGAGCUGGACAUUACAACAAAGCCUGAAAGAAAAUCGAUCUUUAGAGGCAAAACUUUCAUUUUUUUAAAUGAAAAGCAGCACAAGAGGCUGAAUUCUGCUGUAAUUCUUGGAGGAGGAGAUGUUAAACUUGUAGGGAAUAGUACCUCAGAUAUAUCAUUCCUUGAAGCACCAGGAAACUGUGUCAUUGAUGUUGGAAUGUCAGAUUCUCAAACUUCAGGAGAAAAAUUGAUUGAGUCAGUGAGGAGAGCUUUGCAACGAAAAGGGCUGCGUGUUAUAUCUGAGGCAGAGAUUGGUUUUGCAGUUAUUCACAAUUCAACAGAUAUUUAUUGUAACCCCAACCGGCUGCUUGAUCAGGGAAUUUUCUCCUCUUCAAGAACAACAAUUCCAGGUCCUACACUUUCUGAAAAUUUUAAAAUGGAUGAAAUGACUGCUCCAGAUACUUCACAAGUUAUUGCAUACGUACCAGAUACACAAUCAAGACAAGAACACAGUACGAGCCUGCUUCAGUGGGGAAAACAAUUUGGUAGUCUCAAUUCUGCAGAGACCCUGUCAGGAAUGAACAUAGACUACACACAAGUGAUAAAAGAGACACCUGAAAAAGAAAGCAAAAUGGAAUCACAGGAUAUUUCAGUGGCCAGAGAAACAUCCAGCAUGAGACCACUGCUUCCAGCAGAUGAAAGACCGAAGAAUGAAAUGAGACAAACAUUUGUCACUGUUGACAAAAAGCCAUUCAUACCAACAACACAGAAGAAUCUCAGAAAGAAAAGUAGCCUCUCUUCACAAAAGCAAUCUCUCUCACUGCAUGAUUUCUUUCAGCCAGUGGGGAGAAAAAGGGAAAGAGAGGAGACUGGAUCAUCUCAAGCUAAAUUUGCAAGAACAGAGGAGCCAAGUAUACCCACUGAUCAUCACCUAAAUAUCACAGAUUCUUCAUUGGAAAAUAGCGACUCCAAGUUUAUAGGACAAAGGACUCAGUGCGAAUAUCUUUCUGCAAAUCAUAAAACUGGAGUCUCUGAUCAGAGUUUAAAAGAAACCCCUAGAGGAGUUGGUGAAGAAGAAACUGCAAAGGCAAUACGAAAAAGAAAAGACCCAGAAGACACAAAUCUGAAGCUUCCUACAGAUGACCAGCUGGAAGUGACUAAAAGGAGAAGACUAGAACCUGAGGUUUUACCUUUCAACAGAAAUGAUGAGUCUGUAACAGAAGAUGUAAACAAAGCAUGUCAUGCAAAGACAUCACCAGUAAAACAGGAGUCUGAAGUUAAACAUGAAUUGCCUGCACCACUCGAUAAGAAGUUAAAUAAUAAUUUGGAUUUACUUCAUGAAUCUGGAAAUAAUGAGACUCUUCCAAACAGACUUCUUGUAACUGUGUUCAAGUCACUUGUUGUUAGCCAACCUGGAAGAGGGAGAAUACUUGCCUCAAAUGAAGAGAAUAGCCAGUUGAAGAACUUUAAAAAAUUUAAAAAGGUUUUAUUUCCUGGAGCAGAAAAGCUUCCUAAAAUUAUUGGGGGCACAGACCUGAAGGCUUACCAAACCAAAAAGAACUCUGAAAUCGAAGAAUGGUUAAGACAAGAAGUGGAGGAGCAAAGCCAUCAACUUAAAGAAGAGAGUCUUGCUGAUGACUUAUUUAGAUAUGACCCAAAGUCUGUCAGAAGAAGAUGAUGAAUUUGAGGAAACAAAACAUCCCUUGCAGCAAUAAUCAUUUAUGCUCCUUGAUCUACAAAAAAAUCAUUGCAUGUCACUGAAGAUAUUCAAAAAUCAGUCAUGUGUAUUUUUUUUUCAAAUGUUUACAGCUGUAUCUUAAUUUUUAGCUCCUGCUCUGUUCUAGUUUUAAUUGUCAAUCAUUUCUUAAGUUUUUAUCUAUUUUCUAUUAACCAUGUGGUGGCUUGCACUGAACUUUGUGAGGAAUUGAGGGAGGUUUUGCUGAUAACCCAUGAGGUAAAGAUGACCAAUAAAGAAAUGUAUAUGCAAUAUGUAAAUUGAAUAAUUGCUAAAGACAUGAAUGUAUCAUCAAGUUGAUUCAGAACAACAGUGCUGAAAUUGUUUAAGCUACUCAUAAGGCAGAAAAUGCAUCUUUUGUACAUGCUUUCUAAGAUUCACAAACAUUAGCCUUUAAACAAACUAUUUUUAUAACAAGUGUA